AUGCCGAUCGUCACGGCUUCCUCGGCCUCGCUCGUCGCGACGUUCUUCCCCGCGACCGGCGGCAAGCUCGCGUCUAUAACGGCAAACAACGAAGAACUCCUCUUCCGGAACCCGGUGUACCAGCCGGCGAAUCUCGGGCGGCUCAACGCGUGGACCUCGGGCGGCGUGGAGUGGAACUGGCCGCGGCUCGGCCACAGCGUCUUCACGUCGCAGCCCGUCUUCGUCGCCGAAGUCGCCACGGCGCGGGGACCGCUCGUGCGCGUCUACGAGUUCGACCGCGAGAUGAACACGACCUGGCAGGUCGACGCGUUCCUCCCGCCGAACGGGACGACGCUCUGGACGCGCGUCACCGUGAACAACCCGAACCCGACGCCCGUCGCGGGCUACUGGUGGACGAACGUCGGCGCGAAGAUCGGCGAGCGCUCCCGCGUCGUGCUGCCCGCGGACCUCGCGAUCGUCUCGACGGGCGACGACCCCGCGCGGCCCCUCGAGGCCGCGCCGUUCCCCUUCUUCGCCGACGCGGGCGCGAACGCGAGCUUCGCUCCCACCGACCACUCGUACCCGGCCAACUACGGCAAGGCCCGCGAAAACUUCAUCCGCGGGGGCGGCGGCGACCACGCCUUCAUGUCCAUCCACGACGGCCGGGGAAGAGGUCUCCUGCACGCGCAAUCCGCGACGCAGGCCGAGGGCCGCAAGUACUGGGUCUGGGGCACCGACGACGACGACGCCGCGCGCAUGCGCUUCCUGUCGUCGCCCGGCGACGGCGACUACGUCGAGCUCCAGGCGGGGCCCGCGCCGACGCAGAGCCAGACGUUCCCGCUCGGCGCCGGCGCGCGGCGCGCGUGGACCGAGAGCUUCUCGCCGCUGGCCAUGGAGGCGGACGCAACGAAGCUGAACGGCCCCUACGCGGCGGCGGUCGCGGCGGUCGCCGAACGGCUCGAAACGGUCGGCCCCGCGCGGGCCGAGUUCGACGACGUCGACGCGUUCCUGGCGUCGGUCGCCGACGCGCCGCCGUCGCGCGUGCUCCACCGCGGAGGCGCCUGGGGCGCGCUCCACGCGGCGCUCGUCGACGACGCGGGAGAUGUCGCAGCCCCCUUCUCCACGAGCGAGGCGCGCCCCUUCCCCGGCGCGCCGGGCCUCGCGUUCGGAUCCGUCGACGAGGCCGUCGCCGCGGACCCGGCGGCGCGGCCCUGGGCGUCGCUGCUCGUCAACGGCACGUUCGGCGCCGAGGCGAACACUGCGGACGUCGUCACGUCGUUCAUGGUCGACGACGCGUGGGUUUCGCUCAUGGAGCGCGCGCUCGCGUCCGCGGCGCACCCGGACGACGCGUGGCUCCUCCACCUCCACCUCGGCGUCGCCGCGCACCACCGGGCGGACUACGCCGGCGCGAUGGCGCACUACGAGGCGUCGGCCGCGCGGAAACGGACGGCGCUCGCGGCGCGCAACGUCGCGGCGCUGCGCGCGGGGCCCGGGGCGCCGCCCGUCGCCGACGGCGUGCUCGAGGCGUGGGCCCUGGCCGCGGCCGCGGCGAGCGCCCAUGGCGACGCCGUCGCGUCGGGCCGCGAGCCCGCGCGCUGCCCCGCGGCCGUCGCCGGGCCGCCGCCGCGCGACGACGCGUGCCCGACGGCGACGUUCGCGCGGAACCUCGCGCGGGAGGUCGCCGCCGCCCUCGUGUCCGCGUCGCGAUGGACCGAGUUGCGGGACUGGUUCGCUUCCCUGCGGGACGAGGACGAGCGCGUGCGAGCCGCGCUGAGCGGCGCCAUGGACGUCGACCUCGCGCGCGCCUACGCCGCGUUUCACGGCCGAGAAAGAAGCUCCACGACUUCCCUCGAAGCGUCCGCGACCGCCGCGCGGGGCGUCCUGCGCUUCCUCUCCAACGCCAAGAUCGCGACGACGUCCGGUCUCACCGGAGGGCUCCCCGAGCUCUGGACCCAGUGCCAGUACGCCGUCCGAGCCGCGACGCUCGGCCGCGAGCUCGCGGUGCUCGAGAAGCACCACGUCCGCCUGGACUUCCCCGUGCCUCGCAACAUCAACUUCGCCGGCGCCACUUAA